AUGUCCGAGGCUGCACGAAUCGACGACGCUCCCGCUCCUUCCACAGAGUACGCAGCUGCCCGUGAUCCGCAAUUCACCUACGUCGACCAAAUUGGCUACCAGCCCGAGGAAGUCGCUGAGCUCUCGGACGAUGACGACUAUGACGAGGACGAGGAGGAAGAUGACUUCUACGAGGAUGAUCUUAACGACGCGGACUGGGGAGAGGGAGGCAAAGACUUCACAAAAGCCUACAACCGUCAACGACAACUGGUAGCUGUGGCAAACCAGCAAGCACCAGGCUACACAGCUCCCCGAACAAACACCCAAGUCCCACAAGCCGCUGCAGCUCCAACAGCAACCGCCCCCAAGGCUGCCACGCAAAAUGAAGAAGUCGCACUCUCCAAACUCGCAUCCCGUAUCAACCUCAACGAAUCAUGGGGCGGUAAAGCCUCUGGCGGUGGAGACCGCCAAAACGCAACUGACAAAGCCGACCGUGCGACGUCGGAACAGGUGUUGGACCCACGUACCCGCAUGAUUCUGUUGAAGAUGAUCAACCGCGGCAUCGUAUACGAAAUCAACGGAUGUAUCUCGACGGGAAAGGAAGCGAACGUCUACCACGCCACCACCGAAUCCGGGGAACACCGCGCAAUCAAGAUCUACAAAACCUCCAUCUUGGUUUUCAAGGAUCGUGAUCGAUACGUGAGUGGUGAGUACCGGUUCCGACACGGUUACUCAAAGCGGAACCCGAGAAAGAUGGUCAAGGUCUGGGCAGAGAAGGAGAUGAGGAACUUGAAGCGUCUAUACAGUGCCGGUAUCCCGUCUCCUGAGCCGAUCUUGUUGAAGUUGCAUGUAUUGGUGAUGGCAUUCCUCGGGAACAAAGCCGGCUGGGCAUACCCCCGCCUCAAAGAUGCCGUCGUUCCCGACGAGGAAUACCAAGACCUCUACGACCAGCUCUGUCGCCUCUACCGCAUCAUGUACCAAGUCUGUCACCUGGUUCACGCAGAUUUAUCAGAAUACAACAUCCUGUACAAAAAGGGAACGGGGCUCUAUAUCAUCGACGUCUCUCAAUCGGUCGAACACGACCACCCCCGCUCCUCCGAAUUCCUCCGCAUGGACAUAACCAACAUCACAGACUACUUCCGCCGCCGUGGCGCCUCUACCCUUCCCACCAAGGUCCUCUACGACUUCAUCACGGACCCGAACCACCCUACAACCCACCCCGAAAUGCAAGCCAUCCUCGAUGAUUUACAUCAGACGCUUGAACAUGAGGAAGAGGGUGCGAGGGUGAAGAGGGAACGGGAUGAGGUUGUUUGGGAACAGAGUUAUAUUCCGCAGACGUUGGAGGAGGUUUAUGAUUACGAAAGGGAUGCGGAUAUGGUUGCGGCGGGUGAGGGUGGAGGUCUUAUCUACAAAGAUCUCGUUAAACUGCCUGAGCAGGCUCAGUCGUCUGCAGCUGUGGAAUCAGUCACAGACGACGCCUCCUCCGAAGCCGACGCCGAGGAUGAUUCCGAAGCCGAAGACGAAUACGACGCCGUCUCAAUCGACGACACUUCCUCCGACUCAGACUCAGACUCCUGGGUGGAGCGCCCCGCCGCCGAACCGAAAGGCAAACGCUUCCAAGACAAAGACGAAAAGAAGGAACGUAAGAAAGCCGCGAAGGACGAGAGAGCGGAGAAGAGGAAGACGAAGUUGCCGAAGAAGGUGAAGAAGGCGAAGAUUAAGCAGAGUAGUAAGAAGAAGUAG